GCUUUGAAGGCAUUUUCAUAGCUAGAGGACGACAAGAUGGAGAGCAUGGGGUUGGUUUACUUGGAAAAUGCCUGAUUGAUGCCGGGUCUCAACGACAUGGAAAACAAUGCAUGGAGGUUUGCUAUGAUCUGGCUUUGUCACUCCUAUUCAUUGUGGCCACUGAGGGCCCAAAUAGGCCAGGUAAAGCCUGCCUCCCACUAUCAGCAAAUGCCACCCAAGGGGGUCUGAAUGAUGAUAACGAUGGAUGCGGCUGCGAGUAA